AUGCCCAACAUGCUUUCAAGACUUGGAAUGGAUACAAAGGAGCUUUCCUCACAGAUUUGCCAAAGGUCCAUUUAUGUCCCACCACCACGCCCAAGCUAUUCACAACACCAUCCAUCAUCACCAGACAUAAACAAGACACCACUUUUCCCAAGGGAGAGCUAUCAAGCUGCGCGCCAAACCAAGAUUGAAGAUAUGCUUCAAGAGUACUUGAGAAAUCAAGAAGAGAGUACAAAGAAGAUGGAGAGAAGAAUCGAUUUCAUCCAUGAGAGCCUUGGAAACAAAUCUGAAGUCCUAUUCAAGCAAGUGAUCAAGCUUGAUGAAGACAUUAAGAAGUUAAGAGAGGAUCAUGAUCGAUCUUUGACCCUAGUUAAGCUUGAUGUUGCUUCCAAAUAUCAAGAGUUGCUGAACAAGAGCAUGAGAAUUGAAGAUACUAGCUAUGGCAAUAGCAAACAUCUUGGAUCAAUCUACAACCGCCUACAAGCCCUUGAAGGAUCAUCUCAUGCCAAUUACAAGAGAGAGAGGAGUCCAACACCCAACCACCCUCCCUUUUAUUGCAAUGCCAUCACAAGAAGAAGCACUACUCAAGUCCAUGAGGACAAUGAAGAAGAAGAAAGAGAGUAUGAGGAACAAUUGAAUGAUGAAGAUGAAGAGCAGAGCAUCGACAUCAAUGCUUCCCCAAAACAGAGCAUGGAUACACCAAGCCCUAGAGACCCUCGUUUCUCACCAAGAAGUCAAGCUUCUACACUUCCAAGACUGGAAGCAAUGCAAAGACCAUCACCACCUACUGAAGAAGAAGAUACUUGGCAGUAUGAUCCCAUUGAUCCCAACAAGAUAAGCCCCAUGAAGCUUAAAGAGUUCAAUGCUAAGGUGAAAUCACUUCCAUUCUAUGUCACUUUUGAAGAAGCUUGGGAUAAACAUGGUCUAGUGGAGUUCUUUUUCACAACUAGUGAAAACAAAGAAGAGAUACACCAACUUUUCAGGAAGGCUCGAUUUCCCCAUUGCCCCUCAUGGAGUCAAUCAACCACCAUCACCACCAUCAUCACCACCACCUCAGUGACGGCUCUAUCGAGAAUCAGCGCCCAAACCGCGCAGUCCGGCUGGCCGAGGAACGAAUGUUCCGCGCUCGGCCAAAACUGUAUCCGUCCGUCUGAAGUCUCGGCCAAAGUCCAAAACCGCUCGGCCGAUCAUUCGAUACGACCCGGGAAACUUAAGCCCGCGGUCGGCCACGCCACAACCGCCCAUGCCACGCCGCGCACGAUCACGCCGCGCGAGCCGGGAAGUAACGCCUCGCGGCCGCGCGACUCGUCUCACGUACCACGCACGAACGUUCCGUCGACCCGGGAAGUAACGCCUCGCGUCCGGCCGAGGAUUUUCAUCGGUCAAAUCUCAACCCGUCCGACCACGCCGGCCGACCGUCAUAACAUCCGGCCAAGAUCGAUCCGACCACGGCCAAGACCCGACUGUCCGGCCGAUCGUCCCGACCGACCGUCCGAACGCCGCGGUCGACCCGAAGCCGUUUUUGAAGCCCAAUCCGCACAACUCAAGCCCAAAGCCGGUGCCGCCCUAGCCAGAUUAGGUUUAGCCGCCUUUACAUACUUAGUGCAUUAUAAAUACUUCUUUUUAGCCUUGUAA